UUCCCAAACUUUGUCUCCUUCUGAACAUGGAAGACACCCAAUAAAUUGUUUAAAACUGGUUCCUAUCUCUUGAAAUUUAGCCACCAAAAGACGAAUGCCAUGGGCACAAAUGUGCUCAAGACAGAAACACCAACCAGCAUUGAUGAUGCUGUGUGCUUUUUAAAAGAAAAUUUCAAUGAAGGUGAUCACAGGCCUGCAAUUUCUUUUGGUUUUGGCGAUCCCUCUUGUUUCGAGUGCUUCAGGACCACUCCUACAGCUGAAGAUGCCAUAGUUGAAGCUGUUCGUUCUGCUAAAUUCAAUUCUUACGCUCCUACUGGUGGUAUUCUUCCUGCAAGGAGGGCUGUUGCAGACUAUCUCUCUCGCGAUCUUCCUUACCAGUUAUCACCAGAUGAUGUCUAUCUCACCCUUGGUUGCAACCAAGCUGCAGAAAUCACAAUUAAAGUCCUAGCUCGGCCCGGAGGCAAUAUUCUGCUUCCAAGACCUGGUUAUCCAGAUGUUGAAACUUAUGCAAUUUUUAACAACCUAGAAAUUAGGCAGUUUGAUCUUCUCCCGGAGAGAGGUUGGGUGGUUGAUCUAGAUGCUGUUGAAGCUAUCUCAGAUGAGAACACCAUUGCUAUGGUUAUAAUCAAUCCUGGAAAUCCUUCUGGAAGUGUUUAUACAUACAAUCAUUUGAAUAAGAUUGCGGAGACUGCAAGAAAGCUUGGGAUUCUUGUGAUUGCUGAUGAAGUUUAUGGCCAUCUUGUUUAUGGGAGUAGUCCAUUUGUGACCAUGAGUUUGUUUGCCACAAUUGUACCUGUUAUUACUCUUGGAUCUGUAUCAAAAAGAUGGAUGAUUCCCGGUUGGGGGCUUGGUUGGCUAGUGACUUGUGAUCCUAGUGGAUUGCUUCGAAAGAAUGAGAUUGCCGAGUCCAUUAACAAACUUCUUGUCUACUCGCCUUUCCCACCAACCUUGAUUCAGGGUGCUAUUCCUCAAAUCCUAGAGAAAACAACACAGGAUUUCUUCUCAAAAACUAUUAACAUCCUCAGGAAAAAUUUGGACAUUUGUUAUGAUAAACUGAAGGAGAUCCCAUGCAUAAUGAUCUCACAAAAGCCUGAAGGAGCAUUUUUUGCUAUGGUUAAGCUUAACUUGUUGCUCCUUGAAGAUAUUCAAGAUGACAUGGAGUUCUGUCUCAAGCUAGCUAAAGAGGAAUCUCUCAUUAUUUUACCAGGGGUGACUGUGGGGCUGAAAAAUUGGCUCCGCGUGACAUUUGCAGUUGAGUACUCAUCUCUUGAAGAUGGUCUUGGAAGGUUAAAGACCUUCUGCCAGAGACAUGCCAAGAAAUAUAGUUUAACAGGGUCAACAGCAGCUGAUCAGCAAAUUCAUGUUGAACAUUAGACCUUGCUCAUGUUAUUAAGAAAUUGAAAUGAACAUGGUUACCAUAUUAUUGUAACAAAGGCAAGUGACUUCCUAUAUGGACAAUUAUUUUAAGUUCCGAUGAAUCAAAGUAGAUGGUUAUGGGUGGAUUAAGCUGAAUGGGUAGCUUUUGCCACCCAUAAAUGCGAGCAAUGAGCCAUUGUCUUUCCUCUCUAAGGAGGUUGGUGGAACUUUGAAGGAUGUGAUGAAUGUGGUGUUAGGAUGAAAAAUUCUUGCUGUUUUCACAAUAUGUUGUACAAACUUAGGUUUCUCCAUUUUCGGUAUGUGAGUAUUUGAUUAAACUAAUAAAAAUUAACUUUAUCUUA